UGUCCACACAUGGUAUAAAUGUAAGAGGGAUAACUGUGAGAUUUUUAAAGACGUAAUAUAUCGAUGUAUAUUUAAUUAACUCGCUACGGAAGUUUUUGAAGGCUUUCGUAGUUUGUUUGUGUGUUAUGCACUGAAACGAAAGCAUUUUGGGAAAUCAAAAGGUGUAUAAAUAGUCCAGAAUGGGACAUCUCUCCCUCAUCCUGCUGUCCCUAGGCAUGGCGAUGUCCACUGUCUAUGCCCAGAUCCCAAGUACUUCUUCCUAUGGAGAGCGGGGCUCAGACUUGGGGAUCCAGCUGUUUGCCCAGGUUGCGAGGUCCAGGCCACAGGAAAAUGUGGUUAUGUCUCCACAUAGUGUGGCCAGCAUCCUGGGAAUGCUGUUGGUGGGAGCAGAGGGCAACACCAGAAGACAGAUUCUGACAGCCUUGAGAUAUAAGAAGCAUGGGCCUUAUAAAAUGCUGAAAAGACUACACAAAAAUCUGACUUCCAGAGAAAAUCGGGACUUGGUGACCAUAGCCAAUGCGAUUUUUGCUCAGCAAGGCUUUAAAAUGGAAGACCUCUUUGUUUCUACUAACAAAGCCAAUUUCCAGUGUGAAUCAAAGAAUUUAGACUUUUCUGACACCAGCGAAGCUGCAGAUUCUAUCAACAACUGGGUUAGAGAUCAUACAAAAGGCAUGAUACCUACAAUUGUCUCUUCAGACAUGCUUGAUGGGGCUCUCACCAGGCUCGUAGCAGUAAAUGCCAUAUACUUCAAGGGCUUGUGGAAAUCACGGUUUCAGCCCGAGAACACCAAGAUGAGAAAUUUCACUGCAGGAGAUGGGAAGGUUUACAGAAUUCCUAUGAUGUCACAGCUUUCCGUGUUCAACAUUGGCUUGGCAAGUACCCCUUUUGGCAUCAAGUACAAAGUCAUCGAGCUGCCCUACCAUGGAGACACUAUCAGUAUGCUGAUCGCAGUGCCUUCUGAAGACAGUACUCUGGUCUCUGAAAUAAUUCCACACAUCAGCACCAUGACCAUUCAGAGCUGGACGAAGCUUAUGAACCAGAGAAAAGUACGACUUCUCCUGCCAAAAUUUACAGUGGAAGCAGAAACAGAUUUGGAGGCACCUCUCUCAGCUCUUGGUAUUACAGAUAUGUUCGAUCAAACAAAAGCAAACUUUAAACAAAUAAGUUCAGAGCCCCUCCAUGUAUCGAAGGCAUUGCAGAAAUCCAAAAUUGAGGUGACUGAGGAUGGCACCAAAGCAUCAGCUGCAACAACUGCAAUUUUACUGGCCCGGUCAUCACCCCCAUGGGUCAUUGUGGACAGACCAUUCUUGUUCAUCGUUCGACACAAGGCGACAGGUACUGUGCUCUUCAUGGGCCAAAUUAACAAGCCUUAGAUCAUCACUGUGCUGAGAGAUGAGACACAAACAGACUACCUUACUUUGGUUCUAUUGCCUCCAUUGUCUUGCUUUCUAGUAGGACCACUUGCUAUAAGUGUUAAAAGAGACUCUUCUAGGGCUGGUGAUGAUUUCACACAGCUUCAUUAUUGUGGCAAAUACAGUAGAUUUAUUCAUGAAACAUCCCUGCAUUUUUAUAGUGCCUUUGCUGUGUUGUUUUCAUUCAAAGUUCAUAUCGUUUGAUAUCCAUUUUUUUGCCCUUUUAAAAUAUUUUUUUAGUAUUAAAUAUUGGGUGUUACAGUUCAGUAGCUUGUACAUGUAAUUUAUUUCACAGAAGCAACAGGGAUAAAUCUCAAAGUGUUCAAGAAAAAUGAGUGAGUAAAUGUCAUCAAAGUGAAACAAGUGUUUACUGUAGAGAAACAAAAUUGUAAACUAUGGAUUUUGUUCUGACUUGACUUUCCUAAACAUGUUUUUUAUUUAGAGUAAAAUGUGUGUAAUCAACUUUAUAUCUUUCAAUUAAACCUGCUUCUUCACAGAUCAAAUUAUAAUGUUUUUAAAUGCUUACAAACCAAUACUUAAAGUAAAAUAUUGAAUUGUGCUGUUUAUUUAUGCACUGUAAUACUUUAAGAUCCAAACGCAAAUGAAAUCUUGCCAUUGAGUGAAGUUCUCAGUUCAUUUGAGGUAUACUACAGAGAAAUGUUUGAGCAAACCGUAAGCAACAGUAAUGAAUUUUUCUCCAGGCCAAGUGUGUAAAGAAUUGAAAGUGGUUUGGAUUUUGGAUUGGCUUGCUUUCCCAAUAACACACUUCUUUAGCCAAAUGACACUUGUGAACCAAGUUUGGUGACUGCAUACACAACAUUUUGGUUUUUGAAUCCCUAGGGAUGUCAUUUAAUUAUCUCUAAUGUUGCAAAAGUCAAAAUCUAAGGUAAUGCAUAUGUUUAAUAAAGUUUUUUAUUUUAUUGUUAAAUAUUCGUAUUGUAUUUGGUCACAUUUUGCAUUUUUUUUGUGCUUGUAUUGAAUAGAAUUCUUAAAGAAUAGUUGUGGAAACCGCAACAUGAAUUGUAAGUUUUUGUAUAAUGAAAUCCUCAACAGUAUUACAGUGAAUCUUACCUUAAUACAGUAUGAUUAAUAAAACUUUCAAUAAUCGCAUUUUGCAUUGGAAUGUUUCCUUUGAGUGGGAAAACCUUUUUUUAAUAAUUUUAAUCUCCUGGAUUGUGGUUAAAGGAGUUGUUUUUUUUUUUCUCCAGCAGUUGUAGUGGACUUCUACAUUCUUAAUUUCUCAGUGCUGUCAGUGAACUAUUAGCUAGCUUGUGCACUUUCCCCCAAACAGAUUAAUCUAUUGAAAUGAUUUUAAUUAGAUGCAGUGAAAGAUGAUUAGGACCGGGUGAAGAAAGAAAGUAAAGACGUGUGAAAGAAGUAUCAUUUUGCAAAUUCGUUGAAUCGGCACACUGGGUCUGUGAGAAAACUAAUCCAAGUCUGCUGAAGAUGAGGGAAUCUUUAAAAGUGCAAGAUGACCAGUUUCAAAAGUUAAGUCUGACAGACAAUGAGGUUGUCUCAUCUGAACUGGUAAAAAGAUGAACCAGUUUUUCUAGUUGCUAGCAUCUGGUUGCAUAAAAAUGUUAAAUAUGGAUGUCUCUGUAAUUACUGUACUGUAUGUCGCUGUGGAUGCUGAGCAGGUUUGUGCAACUUGCUUGAACACAACUUGAGAGGAAAACUUUCCCUAAGAUGUAUUGUGUCACUAAGCAUGCGCCAUUAAAAUCUUUCCUACAGAUCUUGUAGAACCACA